AAUACCAAAAGCUAUUAACCGGGGAAAUGGGGACGGCGGACUCCCGCGAGCUCGGUCCCAGAAUAAUCUGAGAGGGAUGCCAGGUCUGUAGGAAUCAUGCAGAUCACUUGGUCAGCCUUCCUUCCAAUAAUUUUCACCCUUCUGAAGUUCGUCCAAUCAGAGCAGUUGGAGGGAUCGUUGGUUCCAGACUCGGACACUCAGGAGGGAGGUAGCAAUAGGGCCACAGAAGCCCCGACGGCAGAACAUGGCGACGACAACUCGCCAGGCUACACAGGAUCCCGUCUGCGGCAGGAAGACUCCGCGCCCCGCAUCGUAGAACACCCCUCCGAUCUGAUCGUAUCCAAAGGCGAGCCCGCCACCCUAAACUGCAAGGCUGAGGGUCGGCCCACCCCCACCGUGGAGUGGUACAAGGAUGGAGAAAGAGUGGAAACAGACAGGGACAACCCUCGAUCGCACCGCAUGCUCCUGCCCGCCGGCUCUCUCUUCUUCCUGCGUAUAGUGCACGGCCGUCGCAGCAAACCCGAUGAAGGCUCCUACGUCUGUGUGGCACGGAACUACCUGGGAGAAGCGGUUAGCCACAACGCCUCUCUGGAAGUAGCGAUUCUACGAGAUGAUUUCAGACAGAACCCCGUGGAUGUGAUGGUAGCGGCGGGCGAGCCGGCGGUCAUGGAAUGCCAACCUCCCCGCGGUCACCCGGAGCCCACCAUCUCCUGGAAGAAAGACGGAGUCACCAUAGACGACAGGGACGAGAGGAUCACGAUACGAGGAGGUAAAUUGAUGAUCACCAACACCAGGAAGACAGAUGCCGGAAAGUAUGUGUGCGUGGGAACCAACAUGAUGGGCGAACGCGAGAGCGAGAUCGCCGAGCUGACCGUCCUUGAGAGACCCAGUUUUCUUCGAAAGCCGAGCAGUCAGUCUGUUCUGGUGGACCAGAGCGUUGAGUUCAAAUGUGAGGCUCAAGGAGACCCCGUGCCCACCAUCCGCUGGAGGAAAGAGGACGGAGAGCUUCCAAAGGGACGGCACGAGAUCUGGGAGGAUCACACUCUCAAACUGAAGAGGUUGACCUCCGGAGACGCCGGUACUUACACCUGUCAGGCGGAGAACAUGAUGGGGAAGACGGAGGCCAGCGCCACGCUCACCAUCCACGUUCCUCCAGUGUUUGCGGUCCGACCCAGGAAUCAGGUGGUCGGGAUGGGCCGCACGGUGACAUUUCAGUGUGAAGCUACAGGAAGUCCUCAGCCGGCUAUCUUCUGGCAGAAAGAAGGCAGUCAGAACCUGCUGUUCUCCUCUCAGCCUCCUCCACCCUCCAGCCGUUUCUCCGUCUCGCAGACGGGCGAUCUGACCAUCACGACGGUGGAGCGUUCGGAUGGAGGUUACUACAGCUGUCAGGCUCUGAACAUCGCUGGCAGCGUCAUCACCAAAGCCCUGCUGGAGGUCACAGACGUUAUCUCUGAUAGACCUCCACCAAUAGUCCGUCAGGGUCCCACCAACCAGACCGUGGCCGUGGAUGGGACGGUGGUCCUGGGAUGCCAGGCCACGGGUACCCCGACUCCCACCAUCUUGUGGAGGAAGGACGGAGUCCUGGUGUCCACCCACGACUCUCGACUCAAACAGCAGGACACCGGAGCGCUUCAGAUCCGUUACGUUAAGCUUGGAGACACGGGCGUGUACACCUGCACCGCAUCCACCCCCAGCGGAGAGGCGUCGUGGAAGGCUUACCUGGAGGUGCAAGAGUUCGGCGCUCCGGUUCAACCCGGCAGACCCACGGAUCCGAAUCUGAUUCCCAGCGCUCCGUCCAAACCCGAGGUCACGGAUGUCAGUCGCACAUCUGUGUCUUUAUCCUGGAAGCCCAACCUCAAUGCCGGGGCCACGCCCACCUCAUAUGUCAUAGAGGCCUUCAGCCACGCGGCGGGCAGCAGCUGGCAGACCCUCGCCGAUCACGUGAAAACAGAGAGUUUCGUCCUCAAGGGUCUGAAGCCGAGCGCCGUCUACUUGUUUCUGGUGAGAGCCGCUAAUGCGUACGGCCUGAGCGACCCCAGUCCUAUCAGCGAUGCUGUCAAAACGCAAGAUGUUCCACCGACGAGUCAAGGAGUCGAACAUGGGCAGAUCCAGAGAGAAUUAGGAGAUGUUGUCAUACACCUCCACAAUCCCACAAUCCUCUCCUCAUCUUCCGUCAGAGUCCAGUGGACCGUCGAGCAGCAGUCGCAGUAUAUUCAGGGGUAUAAGGUGAUGUACCGGCCGUCCCCGGACGCAGCUCAGCAGUGGGUGGAAUGGGCCGUGUUUGAGGUUCGAACCCCGGGGGAGAACAGCGCAGUCGUCACCCAGCUCAAGAAGGGCGUGACCUACGAGUUCAAAGUACGACCUUUCUUCAACGAGUUUCAAGGCACCGACAGCGAUGUCAAAGUGGCCAAGACCCUGGAGGAAGCGCCCAGCGCCGCUCCCCGGGGAGUCACCUUAACAGGAAGUGGAGACAACGGCACAGCUAUCCUGGUAUCCUGGCAACCGCCCCCAGAGGAGGAGCAGAACGGCAUGGUGCAGGAAUAUAAGAUCUGGUGUCUUGGAAACGAAAGCCGCUAUCAUAUUAACCGCACGGUGGACGGUUCUACCUUCUCGGUUUUGAUUCCGGGUCUGGUGGUCGGUGUGCCGUACAGGCUGGAGGUGGCAGCCAGCACCGGGGCCGGUCCGGGGGUAAAGAGCGAUGCUAACGUCUUCCAACUGGAUUCAUCGGGCCGAUUAGUUCCGCCUCUGGACGUGGAGAACACCAUCUCCCAGCAGAUCUCGGAUGUGGUGCGUCAGCCAGCGUUCAUCGCGGGCAUCGGCGCCGCCUGCUGGAUCAUUCUCAUGGUGUUCAGCAUCUGGUUGUACCGUCACCGUAAGAAGAGGAACGGACUGAGCAGCAGCUACGCCGGAAUCCGUAAAGUGCCCUCCUUCACCUUCACCCCUACAGUGGCCUAUCAGAGGGGAGGAGAGGCUGUCACCAGUGCAGGAAGACCGGGUCUGUUGAAUAUCGGCGAACCGGCGAAUCAGCCCUGGCUGGCGGACACCUGGCCCAACAGCUGCUCCAAUCAAAACGACUAUACCAUCAACUGCUGUACUGGCAGCAAUGGGAACAGCGAUAGCAACCUGGCCACCUACAGCCGCCCUGCCGACUGCAUCGCCAACUACAGCAACCAGAUGGACAACAAAACCGGCAACCUGAUGGCUCCAGACACGGCUCUCUACAGCGACGUGGACCUCUCCAACAAGAUCAACGAGAUGAAGACCUUCAACAGCCCCAAUCUAAAAGACGGCCGUUUAAUUGGGCCCGGAGGUCAGCCCACGCCCUACGCCACCACCCAGAUCAUCCAAUCCUGCCUGGCCAAUAACAACAUGAACAGCAGCAGUGGAGGAAGCGGAGGAGGAAGUGACCUCAACGAGAAGCAGAGCUGGAAGAGCAGUCAGGGCACUCCUCAGAAACAUGCCGACAUCAACGCGCCGCUCCAGUUCAACGUCAUGGAGCAAAACAAACUGAACAAGGACCACUACAGAGGUGAAGGUAACAUCUCAGUCACCAUCCCCUAUAACCAGAGUCAAGAGACUCAUACUGGAGGAACAUACAGCAGCUCAGACAGAGGGAGCAGCACAUCUGGAAGCCAAGGCCAGAAGAAAGGGGGACGCACGACUAAACAUGCUAAACAGAACCCAAUGAACUGGACUGAACUGCUUCCCCCUCCCCCUGUUAAUCCACCCCCAUGUCAUGAAUAUACACUUGCAAUUGACGACAGUUAUGACACAGAUCUGCAGUGCCCUAUGCCGCCCUCCCGCAUGUACCUGCAGCCCGAUGAGCUAGAAGAGGAAGAGGCGGAGCUUGAGCGGGGUCCCACCCCUCCCGUGAGGGGGGCCGCCUCCUCCCCUGCAGCAGUCUCCUAUAGCCACCAGUCCACUGCGACCCUCACCCCGUCCCCUCAGGAAGAGAUGCAGCCCAUGUUACAGGAUAACGCCGACCUACACGAGCGCAGGCGACUCCUGGUAAGCCCUCCACCACGCCCCCUCUCCCCUACACACACGUACGGUUACAUCUCCAGCCCGUUGGGCCUCGACACUGACGGACUGGAGGAGGAAGAGGAUGACGUAGAAGGUGACGAGAUGGACGCAGAAGUGGCCCGGGUCCACCAGCACCACGCCCUCGCUCACCAGCAGCACUUAAACCAGCAGAGGGCUCUCAUACGGGGCCUGGAGCAGACUCCCGCCUCUAGCACAUGUGAUCUGGAAAGUUCGGUAACUGGUUCUAUGAUCAACGGAUGGGGCUCGGCAUCGGAGGAGGAUAACGCCUCGUCGGGCCGCUCUAGCGCCGUCAGCUCGUCAGACGGGUCUUUCUUCACUGAUGCUGAUUUCGCCCAGGCAGUGGCGGCGGCGGCCGAGUAUGCUGGUCUACGAGUGGCAAAGCAUUCUGGGAAAGGCCACCAUCCGCUGCCAGUACCUGGAGCCGCACGGAAAUACCAAAACCUCCCUCCGGGACACCGCCCAGGCAGCCCGGUGUCCACAGACAGUAACGUUAGCACGGCCCCGGGUCAGAGGAGGCCCUUAAAGAGACAGAAACAGCAUCCAGCUGCUCAGACCGGCUACCAGCGCAGAGAGGCCUUCCCAGAGGAUCUUCCACCUCCUCCGAUUCCUCCCCCGGCCAUGCUGAAGUCCCCAACACACCCGGCCAAAACUAUCCCAGAGGGUCCGCGGGGGGCCAUGUCUCCUAGGUCUAGUUCUGCUGAUGGUAAGGACAGACGAACAGGUUCAGGAGGACCCAGGCCCAGGGACGGGUCGGACACACGGACCAGCUCUUCAGAGCGGCGCGAGGCCCAGGACUUACAAAGAGGCCCGAGAUCUGCAAAGAGCAGUAAACAAGAAGCCACGAAGAGCCGCCAACACCAAGAGGACAUCCCGCCGUACAGCCGUCCGUCUUUCCCAGCCGUUCACAACCCCCGUGGAGAGAGGGACCCCAGCUCCUCCAGUUCACUGUCGUCUCGAGGGUCCGGUGGACGACGGAGAGGAGAAGCGGCUCCAGGGGCUCGCAGAAACCCUUCGGAUUUUGGGCUGAACGCCUUCCAAGGGGAUGAGCUUGAGAUGGUGGAAAGCUGAAGAUAAAAAUAUCGUCGUCCAAACAUCUUCAGCUACCAAUCGUCAGCGCAGCACGACCAUCUCGGCGGUAUCUUUCACUGAAAACUACCGACCUUGAAUUACGUCACGUUUGAAAAACUGACCAAGCAUUCAUUCAUUUCUUAACCUUAAUUUCAAUGUGCAUUUAAAGAAGAAUAAAGACACCGAAGAAAAAAAUAAGGGGACAUUGGAGGGGCUAAAGCGGUUUCGUUGAUUUGAUUCCAAUGCAAUAUGAUGGUGUGUCUGUUAGCUCCAGAAACUGAUUCAUGGCUUUUGUUCACCGUGAAAAAAAGAAGGUCGUCGGUCAUCUGAUACUGUAACGAAACUUCAGGCACAAAGGGACGGACUGACAUGUACAUACACGUGUAUCUAACUGUCUUUUAUAAUCCAUUGUGGUACAUUAAAUUUGUCUUCCUCGGCUUAUUUGAAUCAUUUUAAAUUUCUAUUACGCCAAUUAAUAUAAUUUGUUUUAUAGCCUCCAUCCUGCUUGUAAAUUGUCAUAGUGUUUUAACUGCCCGGGAGAAGUGCCACAUUUUGAGAGAUAUUGUUUGUUUGUUUUUUUGUAAUGCACUGUUAUACUUUUCGUCAUUGUUAAUGUUUGUUGUUCUAUGUCUUUGGUUUUAAAAGCACAAUCACUAAACUUUAUUUUGAACCAUGUUAUCGAUUAACCUUUUCGUCUUACGCCAGGAGCGAACGGGCGCUACGACAAAAGGCCUUGUUAAACCUGUCGAUGUAGGUUAUGAGAAACGAAAGGAUAAGCUGUUUACAAACGCGUGAAUGAAUUGAAACGAAUUCCUGCAUCCUCACCUCUGACGUCUCUUUCAGAUUCUCAUUUCAGCAAACCUGCAAAAAUAGAGAAAUGGGGAUCCUAUGUUUUACGAAACAUUAGAAAAAGAAAACAUUGUUUGAUUUACUUGGUUUGAUGCACUUAUAAGGAUGUUUGCGAACAGGAAGUGGGUGUCGGUUUGAGAAUCUGGAGUGGUGAUUGGCUGUUGGGUUUGAUUAGUCGUUCACGCUCUAUAGAGGUGUGGAUGUGAGUGAUAAUUCAUUUGACAUCUGCAAGCAUUUGUUUCUUAAAACAAAAAAGCAUAUAAAAAUGAAGAAAAAAAUAAAUCAAAAUACUGAAACUGC